UAUGUUAUUCAGUCAAUGGUAAAGUUUGACAUGGCAACAGAGCUUGGUCUUCAGUUGAGAAAUAGUAUACCAACUAGUCUUAAUAUCAACAAAACGGGAAUCCCAGAUACUGAAUAUCAGUCCCACCCUCUGUACCAGAACUACUUGUGCCAAUGGGCGGGCUGUGAGACUCCUUGUCAUACCACUUCCGAGUUCCUUGAACACUUGCUUCGACAUCACGGACUAAAUGACAAGUCGACUGCACAGUGCAGGGUUCAGACUCAGGCUGUUCUGCACCUAGAAGCACAGUUGAAGAAAGAGCGGGAACGGCUCUCUGCUAUGAUGGCUCACUUACACUCUCUCCCUUCCAAAUCCUUGUCAAUUGAUGCUAUAUUCUCUCUACAUCAGGAUUUCCCGGAGAGUCCCCCCUCGCCCCCUCGUGGUGGUGACCUCCGGACUAGCUCCCCCCGAAGUGAAGGACCCCCGAAUGUUACAAUAGGGAGUCAGAUGGCAGACACUCGCGUCACACGUGACAUGUUGCAGCGCAGUCUGAGUGUUCCUGUCACUAAUAGCAAUGGUAUUAUAAGCCAGGCUCAUCCUACCAGGACUAACUCUAUCCCGUCCCUGUCCCUAACAUCUCCCAUCACGACCGCUCUACCCUCCCUGCCUACACUGACAAGUAUCUACGAGAACAUGCUGCCUCGUAUCACCACUUCUCCUCACAUCACCCUGGCUAGUGUUACUUCUCCCACCCACUAUGAAGGGACCACUGAGUGCAGACUCAAGAACAGUUCCGCUCCUGCUCCCGGCAGUAUUCUGGCGAACGCGGCACUUUACCAGAACCCAGGGGUAAAACCUCCCUUCACUUACGCGUCUCUAAUUCGAGAGGCGAUAGUAAACUCUCCUUACAAGAGGCUGACACUUAACGAGAUAUACACUUGGUUCAGUCAACACUUCGCCUUCUUUCGAUACAACACCUCUCAGUGGAAGAACGCAGUGCGACACAACCUAUCACUUCACAAGUGCUUCCAGCGAGUUGAGGCUCCAACAGGAAGUGGCUGGAUGGUAAACGAAGACGAGUUCCAGCUCCGCAGAGCAAACCGGCUCACCAGCACCAACCUGGCUGUCACCAGCUUGUCUAAUACUACCCUUAGCAACACCAGGAAUCCUGAGGAAGGAGUUGGAAUGUCCAGUAGUGGUUACAUGAGACAUCUUAUUGAACAGGUCAACUCUAUCCAGGAGAACUUUGAGAGAAGAACAGCCGAUAACAACCACGAAACACCUCUUUCUAACCCCAUUGUAACCUCGUGGCCCAACCUUGGAUCCUUCGCUCAGAAGAUUCUCAGCAGUGGCACUGGCGUCAAAUCGGAGCCUCAAGACUAAACAGACGACCAUGAAUACAACUUAAUUACAUACCCCUCAAAAUGGGAAAGUAGUUCUACGGAGGUUUAGACUACAAUAUGCCCCCUUAAUCUGAUCGUUCUCUAUAAUAGCAAAUGAACUGUGAAUGGUAUAAAACGUAGCAGAAACUUUGCGUUUUCACUAAUGUACCAAUUUGAGGAUGGGAAGCUCAAUUUUAGCCGCAUUGUGAUUUGCAAUGAGACUCAUAGAUGUUGAAAAAGUAUUUUAUUUUUAUGCGUGUUUACCUUGAUCAUGGGUUGAUGAUUCCUUAAAAUUCUCUAAAAAUGAUUUUCAUCAAGAAAUUGAGAUCGGAUUAGUAGUUAUCAAACGAGCGAUAUUGAAUGCUUGCGACUCAGUUUGGUGUGCGAAUGAAAUAUAAUUUCUUUGAUCUCCAAUUAUUUCGAUUUUGCAUGAAUAGAAUUAAGAAAUUGUUCGGCAUGAUUCAGGGAUGUGAAUUCUACAGUCAAUUUCAAUUAAAUGAUAAGACUUUUCAGAUUGUCUCUCAUCACAAACGUGUUAUUCGUUGGUAGUUAAUUACGCUUAGCUACUUAUUCAUACCAACCAGCUUAGAGUUUCUAAUUUAUUGUUAGUAAUUAUGUAAUGUUUCUGAUUUCGGAUUCGUAUAAUUCAUACAUUCAUUUUCAGAUUUCUGAUAUUUCGUUACAAAUGAUUGUGGUUAUGAAUUUUAAAAAUUAAGGUUUAACAUCUGUUUUCUUUCCAG